GCAAGCAAAACAAGGAAGCCUCGUCUCAUCAGAUCUAAAAGCUGUGUCAGCUGCAGUUUGUUCGGUUCGGGCUGUGCAAGGAAGCCAAGAACCAACUAUGGCGGGCGACGGGCUUCCCCGGAUCGCGGUGGUCGGCGCCGGCAUCUUCGCGCGCACCCAGUACAUCCCAAGGCUCCGCGAGAUCGCCCACCUCGUCCUCCUCAAGACCAUCUGGAGCCGCACCAAGGAAUCCGCGGAGGCCGCCGCGGAGCUCGCCCGGGACUUCGCGCCCGAGAUCCAGCCCAGAUGGGGCGACGCGGGCCUGGAGGAGAUUAUGGGAGACGCUUCCAUCUCCGCCGUCGCCGUCGUUCUUGCUGGCCAAGUGCAGGUUGACCUCUCCUUAAAAAUGCUCAAGGCAGGAAAGCAUGUGAUACAAGAGAAACCUGCUUCUGGAUCAACAAUGGAAGCAGAAACAGCAUUGUCAGUUUACAAUUCAUUUCCAAACCAAUUCCCAUACAAACCAAUUUGGGCUCUGGCAGAAAACUACAGAUUUGAACCUGCAUUUGUGGAGUCAAGGAAGUUGAUGAGUGAUAUUGGUGAUAUGAUGAACAUCCAAGUUAUUGUUGAAGGGUCAAUGAAUAGUUCAAAUCCAUACUUUAAUAGCUCCUGGAGAAGAAAUUUUGUGGGUGGCUUUAUACUGGAUAUGGGUGUGCAUUUCAUAGCAGGACUAAGAAUGAUGGUUGGUUCAGAAAUAGCAACUGUAUCGUCUAUCUCCCGUCAUGUGGAUAAGGCUUUACCACCACCUGAUAACAUAUGUUCUCUUUUCCAGCUAGAAAAUGGAUGCGCUGGGGUCUUUGUGUUUGCAGUCAACUCGAGAACACCCAAGAUAUUAUGGCGGGUGGAUGGAACUAGAGGAACAGUGCAAAUAGAACGUGGAAUUGCUAGUGGGAAGCAUGGGUACCAGGUUUUAUUCACCAAUGAAAAUGGGCAGUGCCAGACGACAUUUUAUCCAUUCUGUGGCGUGAAUGAAGAACUGAAGGCUUUUGUUCAUGACAUUGUGCAGGCAAACAAAGAUGGGGAUCACAAGGCUGAACCCCGCAGUUCUUAUGUUGAAGGCGCACGGGAUGUCGCCGUUCUAGAAGCCAUGCUUGAAUCUAGUGCGAAGCAAGGAACCAUGGUCCAAGUGAAGAAAUUCUAACAUCCAUAAAAUUGUUCAAAAAAAGAGAGGGAAAUAUAUUCUUCAGCAAGUUGGUACGCCAAUUAUGUAGCUUUACUAAUAAGGAACAUUUUUUCCAAGUUCAUACAUACCAUUGAGAGUACAGCGUGCAAAUAGCAGUGUUUCCAGAGAACCAACUUUCUUUGACUCCAUACAUAUUUGUUGGCUUGUUGCCAUUGAUAAA